CAGAAGUAGGGUGUGUUCCAAAGACAAGUAUUCCAACGAUACAUACUUCCUAUACAGGAACUAUUGGACCAGUUUUACUUCCAACUGAUAGAGCAACUGCAAAAGAAGCAACUGGUAUAAUGAAUGGAACCAUAGAACCAGUGUCACCUCCAAAUGAUAGAGCAACUGCAAAAGAAGCAACUGUUAUAAGGAAUGGAACUUCAAACACUGAAUGGAUAAUUUAUACACUUUGUAUUACUGGUUUUUUCGUUCUUACUGUCUUGUACCAUUUGUUUCGUAAAUACAGAAAGCGACACGCCUUAGACUUCAGAGUAGUAAAUGAAAAAGUGAUCUCAAAACCUUUAGAACUAACUUCAUAUAUUGAUGACAUCUAUGAUGAAGUCGAUGAGAACCCAUUAACAUUUUUCACGAUGGGAUCUAAUAAUACAUCCCAAGCAUCUCGUAUUGAUGAUAUCUAUGAUGAAGUCGAUGAGAACCCAUUAGCAUUUGUCACGAUGGGAUCUAAUGUUACAUCCCAAGCAUCUCAUAAUGAAACUAUUAAUUUUGUGUUUGAUGAUAAACAAUCUAAUAUAGCAGGCAAUGAACACGAAGAAGCUGGAUAUUUUGAUCUGUAUUUCGGAAUGAAAGAAGGCGCCGAUGAACAACAAGAAAAUCGAGCAUUGCAAAAAGAAAGCAUUUCAACUAGUUCUUCCAACUCAAACGUUGUUGGUCAAAAUAAUACAGAAUAUCCAAAACCGUACAUACCACUGCAGGAAUAUUUCCAAGAAGAAUCACAUGCUUGUGAAAUAGCUGUUAUGGUUCAUCAGUGUAUCGAGCGUUCAUCGGGGUCUGACAAGGAUGCUAAAAUGAAUAUAUAUUCUAACGUGAAUAUACCGCUGCAGAAAGACAGGCAAAUGAACAGUCAGGCUAAUGAAAAUCAGCUGUCGCAUAACAGUAAGACAGUACAUGAUACAACACUGCAGACAGCUCUUCCAUCGGUAUACAGAACUGGUUACUUCAAAGAUCACAUAAACAAGUACAUCUACUAUGCAUCUGAUAACAAUAUUGCUAAUUGUGGUGAAAUAGAAUCUUUCAAAGACAAAACAUUUGAAAAUAGAAAUCCAAAGACACUUUAACAGAAAUCAUUUCGUUGUGGUUUUGUGUAUAAGGAAAAGUUUAAAAAAGAAUAUUUGAACUGCACUGUCUAUUCAAAGGAAUAAAACAAACAGUAACUAUCAUGCUAGUUCUUUUAGAUGUUAUGGUAGUUAAACAUGUUAGAUGUUUGAGUCUUUAAACUUAAUUUGAUAUAAACAGAAACUUUCAAAGACUGGUAUUCUCAGUCUUGUUUUAACUGUAAAUCUGGAUAAUUAUAUGUGUUAUGUACACAUAGGCUAUGAAUAGGUGAACAUUUUUUUUA